GCUGAGCUGUUGUUGAACUUGUUUACUCUGCAACAGGCGACCUUACCUCUUACACCACCAACGCCACUUUUGUCUGCGCAAAUACCUAUUUAGUGGUUUGUGAUCUUUGGGAUUGGUGGCUGGUAUAAAAAGGCCAAAACCACUUUGCGGCGGCUCAGUUCAAAUACGCGCUUAACACAAAUAAAGGCAAUACCAAACGGGGCAUUGUCAAUACCGAUCGAGUAGGCUAUUAAAAGAAAUAGUAAUAGUUUAUUUUUAUGCGCAGCACAAGAACGGUUUAGCGGUUUAGUAGGAGACGCAACGUGCAAAAGACGUGGUGGGUGGCUUUCAAGAUUUGUUGAAGCAUCAGCAUCAGCUAAGAGCGUUUACGCAGCGAUUUGGAAGAUAAAAUAUUAUUUAAUUUAAAAAAACUGAGCGAAAAAAUUUGCAAAAAUCACCGACAAAUAAGUGCUGAUAUAUUUCUAACGACUCAACACAAACAAUUGUGCAGCGAUGAAUGUGUUACAACGUCUAUUACUUUUCACGCUGCUAUAUGGUCUGGCCAUUGCCCAGGACUAUCAAGACUACCAGGAGAACACCCCGCGUCCUGCACCAAUAAGACUGCGUCCCAACGCUGGUUUGGCAGAUGCCCCGCGGCCCACACCCGUGCCCAUUCUGAAACAAAUCAACAAACACAAUGAAGACGGUUCCUACACUUAUGGUUAUGAGGGCGCAGAUGGCUCAUUCAAAAUCGAAACAAAGCUGGCGACCGGUGAAGUGAAGGGCAAAUAUGGUUAUGUGGAUGAAACCGGCAAGGUACGCGUCGUGGAAUAUGGCGCAAAUCAAUAUGGCUUCCAGCCAUCUGGUGAAGGUAUCACUGUAGCGCCACCCACGCUAGUGGAUGAAACAGCAAAGGAGGAGCCAGACUAUGAAGAUGAACCUGUGCGUCCUCAGCGUCCUUAUCGUCCACCACGCCCGCAGCAACCGCGUCCUGCACCUGCACCUGCACCACGUCCACAGCCACAACCACAGCCGCAGCCACAAUACUUCCAAUAUGAAGAGGAAGUUGAGCAGGAACCAGAGCCACCACGCCGCAUUCAAUAUGCACCACAGCCACAGCAAAUUUCCGCCGGCCCAGCGCCACCAAGAAUACAAGUGCCAGGUGCGCAACGUUCCACCGACGUCUUAUAUUCACCACUACAACGUCCAGCACGCCCUGAACCGGAUUAUUCACAAACACAGAACUUUGGCGGUGGCCCAUCAAAUGUACGCAUCUCCCGACCCGUCUAUGCACCCGCACCGGUACAACCUGCCCCCGCCAGUGCACGCGCUAACAACUUCUUAGGUCCGCCAUCCGGUGGUCGUCCCAUAUUGGAUCAGUUUGGACCAGCGCCGCAGACACGUCCGGUGCAACAGGCCGCACCAGCGCCGCUACCCCGCUAUCAACCACAGAUCAAUCAUCAACCGCAGGCGCAGGGACGCGCUGGUGGCGGUGGUGGCAGUUUGUUGGAUCAAUUAGCGCGAGAUUAUGCUCUACCACAAGGCAAUGCCCAGCCUUUGCAUGAUAUUUCAUUUGGUUACUAUUGAGCGGAUAGUCAACGUGGGCUUUUCGGAGUUUUGUAAAUGUAUGUGUAUAGUAUUUUAAUAAAAUCGAGAAACUGAGAUUGUAAAUCUUUGUAAAAUUGCCAGUAAAUGAUUUC